AUGGGUUUACAGACAGAUAAAGAGACGAUGAAGAAAGGCAAGGAAGUUGUGGUUUCAAGCCCUAACACCAACGACGAUGACGACAACCUUAAUAUCAGCGAAGAAGACUUAGACGACGUCAAUAAUCAUAACAGAGGAAGUGGCGUCUCUUUUACUUCCGUUAGAUUCUCUUCUCGCAACACUUCCUCCAAAUACGACUUUGUCAAGGUUCUUCAUUUUAUUGUUACCCAAAGAGCAAAGGUGAAGGUGUGGUUGGGCGAUAAUGCAGAUCACUACUACGUGCUUUCCAGAUUUUUGCUCAGCCGAAUGUUAACUGUCACUAAGAUCCCAAAUUAUGUAGCUAUUAAAAUUGCUUUGGAGCUCAAGAAGCUGCUAAUAGACAACAGCCUUCUAGAUGUCUCGCAGUCUGAUUUGGAAGCCAAUUUGUUUAAGCUUAUGGAACGAAGGGGUUAUGGGGAGGAGUACAUAAACCGGUACAAGAUGAUGACGAGAUUUCACCAUCAAAGAGUGCCAUUAGUGAUUCUUGUAUGUGGAACUGCCUGUGUUGGAAAGUCCACCAUUGCUACCCAACUUGCACAAAGGCUAAAUUUGCCUAAUGUCUUGCAGACAGAUAUGGUAUAUGAAUUGCUGCGCACAUCAACAGAUGCACCGUUGACAUCUACUCCUGUAUGGGCACGAGACUUCAGCUCCUCUGAGGAGUUAAUUACUGAAUUUUGUAGGGAGUGCAGGAUUGUUCGUAAAGGAUUGGCUGGUGAUUUGAAGAAAGCUAUGAAAGAUGGAAAGCCAAUAAUAAUAGAGGGAAUACAUUUGGAUCCAAGCAUUUAUUUAAUGGAAGAUGAAAAUAAAACACAAGCUCAUGUGCAAGAGAAAAUUCAAGAGGCAGAGUCCCUUGCAGCAGAUGGUUCCAAAACACACAUGGAAAACGAUUCUCCAAGUAUAAAUGGAAAUCCUUCUGAAGUUAGCAACAGUACUGCGCAUGUCAGCUCUGAUGAAGGGACACUGGUUAACAAGGUGAACGAAGUCUCAGAUUGCCUGGAAGCUUUUGACCUAGCGGGAAGUGUUUCUGAGAAUAAAGGUGGAAGUCUUACUGGUCCAGAGAUGGAUAAAAGUACUUCUGUUAAGAAAGAGAAGUCUGGUCCUGAACCAGUAAUUAUACCUUUAGUUUUGAAGAUGGCUGAAUUUGAUCAUAAGGCAUUACUAGAGGAGGGGAUCUCGACUCGUACAUUUAGUGAUAAAUGUAUAGUCCAGGAUAAAGAUAAGCUAAUAAGAAACUUAAAGACCAUCCAGGACUAUCUAUGCUCAUUCAAUUCGCAGGGUUUGACAGUUGUCAAUAUAUCAGCAACCACAUUCCCACAAACAUUGGAUUGGCUGCAUGGAUAUCUUCUUGAGUGCAUUGAACGUGGCAUUUCAUCAGUAUCCAACGAAAAUAAUAGGCGGCCUGUGGAAAAGUAG